AGUUAAGACAAAGGGAGGAAGAAGAAGCUUCCAGAAAGUAAACAGUGUUGGGAGAUUAGAAAAUUAGAAAAACACAGAGAGAAGCUCAAACCCGAAGCCAUUACCCAAAUCCAGUGGGCGGUUUUCAUUGUACUUCGUUGAAUUUAUUGUCACGAAAAAAACGACAUCAUACAAUCUAAAGAAGAAUUCACACUUUUCCCCUUCUCUCAAACCCUAAUUCCUCAAAAUUAAUUUCAUCAAUUUCUUUGAUUUUGCGCAAUGCUGCUGUCUCGUCGCCAUUUCCUUCUCCAUUUCAUAUCUUUCCUCUUUCUCUUCGCCGAUCUCUCUGUUUCCUCAAUUCGCAUGGAUCGCUUCUUAGAUUGAACAGAGGUGGUUCUUCAGUGUUUGAUCCAACAAGGGUCAUUCAGCUAUCGUGGCAACCAAGGGCUUUUAUAUACAAGAAGUUUUUAACUGACGAAGAAUGUGACCAUUUGAUCACUCUGGCCAAGGAUAAGCUUGAGAAAUCUGUAGUGGCGGAUAAUGAAUCUGGGAAAAGUAUAGAGAGUGAAGUUAGAACCAGUUCUGGGAUGUUUCUCGGCAAGGGACAGGAUGAAGUAGUUGCUGCCAUCGAAGCUCGGAUUGCUGCUUGGACAUUCCUUCCCAUAGAGAAUGGGGAGUCUAUCCAAAUUUUGCACUAUGAGAAUGGCCAGAAGUACGAACCACAUUUUGAUUACUUCCAUGACAAGGCAAAUCAAAUUAUGGGUGGCCAUCGGAUUGCCACUGUAUUGAUGUAUUUAUCUAAUGUCGAAAAGGGUGGGGAAACCAUUUUCCCCAAUGCUGAGGCAAAGGAAUCCCAGCCAAAAGACGAGAGCUGGUCCGAAUGUGCUCACAAAGGAUAUGCAGUAAAACCAGAGAAGGGCGAUGCCCUGCUGUUCUUCAGUCUUCAUCUGGAUGCGACUACUGAUUCCAGAAGCUUGCAUGGAAGCUGCCCGGUGAUCGAGGGUGAAAAAUGGUCUGCAACGAAGUGGAUUCACGUGGCUGACUUUGAAAAACCAAUCAAAAAAUUUGAGAGUGGUGGUGGGGAUUGUGCUGAUCUGAAUGAGAACUGUUCUAGAUGGGCUAGAGUAGGUGAAUGUGAGAAGAACCCUCUUUAUAUGGUUGGUAAUGGUGAUGUCAAAGGGUAUUGUAUGAAGAGCUGCAAUGUUUGCUGAUGAGGGAGUUUGCUAUCACAAUUUUCAUGUAGAGUCACAAAUACAUUGUCAAAUAUAAUGUAUAUUAGUAUAUAUCAUUCGUUUUAGACUUUUAGUUGAACUGCAACAUGGAAUUUAGCUGCAACUUUAUAUAUUGCGGUUUCUGAUA